UAAGAAACGAAGAAGAGUUAAGGUUUGAUGACCCUGUCGGCAAUAAUAUAAUAGGAGUGAGUCAAUAGCCAAAAACGGUGCAGUCCAACUGUCACAACAAGUCGUCUUCAUUUCACUCUCCACACUGCACUAGACACUUUUCAACUUUGUUCCACUAAUUCCACUGAAAGAGAAGUGAAACAUAUACAACAACAACAGCUAUACUACUCUCUUUCUCUCUGCUGCUCCCUCUCCUUUGAGUGAUUUAGAUCAGUGAGUGGGGGGGAUCUAUAAGGUUUGACAGGAUACUGACAACCAAAUAAUGGGUUCUAAAAACAAUGCAACAGGCCAAAGAGCAAGAAGGCCUCUGUCAAUAUUUGCUGUGCUUGGUUUGUGCUGUUUCUUUUAUCUUUUGGGAGCAUGGCAAAGAAGUGGGUCUGGAAAGGGAGAUAACCUUGCUUUGAAAGUUAAUAAGCUGAUGACAGACUGUACUGUUUUACCAAAUUUGAGUUUUGAAUCCCAUCACAAUGAUGUUGCAAUUGUUGAACCGCCUGAACCAAAAGCUAAAUUGUUCAAGCCAUGUGAUCUAAAAUAUACUGAUUAUACACCUUGCCAAGAGCAAGACCGAGCAAUGACUUUCCCUAGAGAAAAUAUGAUCUAUAGGGAAAGGCAUUGUCCAGCUGAAGAGGAAAAAUUGCACUGCCUCAUUCCAGCUCCCAAAGGGUACAUGACUCCUUUUCCAUGGCCUAAAUGCCGUGAUUAUGUCUACUAUGCUAAUGUUCCUUACAAAAGCUUAACAGUGGAGAAGGCUGUUCAAAACUGGGUGCAAUAUCAGGGAAAUGUGUUUAAAUUUCCAGGUGGAGGGACCAUGUUCCCUCAAGGAGCAGAUGCAUAUAUUGAUGAACUUGCUUCUGUUAUUCCAAUUGCAGAUGGUUCUGUCAGAACAGCACUUGACACUGGUUGUGGAGUUGCAAGCUGGGGAGCCUACUUGCUAAAGAGAAAUGUGUUAGCUAUGUCCUUUGCUCCGAAGGACAACCAUGAAGCACAAGUUCAGUUUGCACUAGAACGAGGAGUACCUGCUGUUAUUGGUGUUCUUGGCACCAUCCAUCUUCCAUACCCAUCAAGAGCCUUUGAUAUGGCCCAGUGUUCUCGAUGUCUAAUACCGUGGACUUCAAAUGAGGGCAUGUAUCUAAUGGAAGUUGAUAGAGUCUUAAGGCCUGGUGGAUACUGGAUUUUGUCUGGCCCUCCAAUUAAUUACAAAACAUACUAUCAAACAUGGAAGCGAUCUAAGGAGGAUCUGAAGGCAGAGCAGAGAAAAAUAGAGGAGUUAGCUGAAAGUCUUUGUUGGGAAAAGAAAUAUGAAAAGGGUGAUAUUGCUAUUUGGAGGAAGAAAAUAAAUGCUAAAUCCUGCCAAAGAAGGUCUCCCAAUUUAUGUGAUUUAGAUAAUGCUGAUGAUGUAUGGUACAAAAAAAUGGAGGUCUGUAAAACCCCUUUCCCUGAUGUAACCAGCAAGAGUGAAGUUGCUGGAGGGGAAUUGAAGAAGUUUCCUGCUAGACUUUAUGCAGUCCCUCCUCGAAUAGCCAAGGGCAUCAUUCCAGGGGUUACAGCUGAAUUGUAUCAAGAGGACAACAAAUUAUGGAAAAAGCAUGUUAAUGCUUACAAAAGAAUUAAUAAAUUGAUUGGCACUAACAGAUAUCGGAAUUUGAUGGACAUGAAUGCAGGCCUUGGAGGAUUUGCAGCUGCACUUGAAUCACAGAAGUCCUGGGUAAUGAAUGUUGUACCAACCAUUUCUCAGAACACUUUAGGUGUUAUCUAUGAGAGAGGUCUGAUUGGCAUUUAUCAUGACUGGUGUGAAGGCUUUUCUACAUACCCAAGGACAUAUGAUCUUAUUCAUGCUAAUGGUUUAUUUAGCUUGUACCAGGACAAGUGCAACCUAGAAGACAUCCUUCUCGAGAUGGAUCGGAUCCUAAGGCAUGAAGGAGCAAUCAUCAUCCGAGAUGAAGUUGAUGUCCUUAACAAAGUUAGAAAAAUUGUUGGGGGAAUGAGAUGGGAUGCAAAAAUGAUGGAUCAUGAGGAUGGCCCACUUGUGCCAGAGAAAAUAUUGGUUGCUGUGAAAGAGUAUUGGGUUGGCACAACUAAAAACAACACCUCCAAUGAUCAAUGAAACAGGUAUUAUUGGGCUCUAAGCCUCUAAUCCUGCAGUAACAAUCAAAGUUUCUAAAACCCAAAGCAAAGAUGAAAUGGGAAAAAGAAAAUGAAAUAAUGAAAAGAGAAGAUUGUAGAGCAAAGUGAAAGCAAAGAUUGGUUAUGUGAGUUCAUUCUACGUCUGCCUUAUACCAAGUGUAGAUAAAAUAGGUCCUAACUAGUCUUGCUAAAUUAUUUUUGGAGGAUAUAAAUCAGCAAAGCUAGCUCCUUGAAUAAUUUAAUUAAGCCCAAGCCCCAAUGUAUUGUGUU